ACCAAAAGAUUUAAAUAGAAAUCCAAUUUAAAAUGAGCCAUGUCUACAAAGUUAGGGAUAACCCGGUCAGUCCCAAAACCCUGAGUAAACCCUGGGCACGUCAUCUUCCUUUCCACAGCAGCUAUUUUUUCUUCUCUCGAAGCUACAAUCCCGCCUGCCUUAUGAGCCAACUCUUAAAAUUUCCCCCAACGAUUUUCGAACCCAGAGAACUAUCAAUCUUCUUUAUCUCGCAACCCAUUCGAAUCGAAGUAUCCUAAUUCUAUCUUUUAACUGUUUGCAAAUUGAGCUGUUUCCUAACGAAGUUCCAUUGCUGCAACCCAGCUCUUCUCCUUCCGAUGUUGGGACAGUCCUUGCGGAAGAUACGACCUGCAUUUUGGACCUUUUCGAGUUACUCUCCUACUGCUGCAAAAGAGCAGAUGCACUAUGCUCUUGCCCAAUUAACAUCCAGUUCAUCUGAUGAGCAAGAAAUCGUCAGUGCCCCAAAUAUGAAUCAUUACAGAGACCAAUUCGUGGAAUUACAUAGAGUUGAGGUUGUUCAAACUUUAAAUAUUUUAAGAAAACAACCUGAUAGGGCUCUGUCAUUUUUUAACCAAUUGAAAGAAGAUGGGGUUUCUCAUGAUAUAUGUACGUACGCUGCUAUAGUAAAAACAUUGUGUUAUUGGGGUUGGGAUAGGAAAUUGGAUUUGAUGUUGUUGGAAAUCAUUAGAAAAGAGAAGCGUUUAGGUUUCGAAAUUAUGGAUUUGUUUGAAGCUCUUGAAGAGGGCCUUGAGGGAGAAGACUCAAACCUUUUGGUUCGAUUGUCCAAUGCAGUGGUGAAGGCAUAUGUUAGUGUUGAAAUGUUUGAUGAAGUUAUUGAUAUCUUGUUUCAAACUAGAAGGCGUGGAUUUGUUCCACAUAUAUUUUCAUUUAAUUUUCUUAUGAAUCGUUUGAUUCACUGUGGGAAAGUUGAUAUGGCUGUAGCUAUUUAUCAACAGUUGAAGAGACUUGGAUUGAAGCCAAACGAUUAUACUUAUGGCAUUCUAAUUAAGGCACUUUGCAAAAAGGGUAGUUUGGAGGAAGCUGUUGACGUUUUCCGAGAGAUGGAUGAAGCAAAAGUUAUACCAAAUGCCUUUGCAUACACAACUUAUAUUGAAGGGCUUUGUAUGCAUGGUAGGACAGAUUUGGGUCAUGAAGUGCUUAAAGCAUGGAGGGAUGCAAACAUUCCUUUAGAUGCCUUCGCUUAUUGUGUUGUGAUUAAGGGCUUCUGUAAUGAGAUGAAAUUGAAAGAAGCGGAAGAUGUUUUAUUUGAGGCAGAAAAGCAUGGGGUUGUUCAUGAUGUGUUUCUUUAUGAUGCCUUAAUAAGAGGAUACUGCAAAUGUGGGAAUAUAAUAAAAGCUUUGGCUGUUCACGAUGAAAUGGUGUCAAAGGGUAUCAAAACAAACUGUGUGAUUGUGACCUCAAUUCUUGAAAGCCUGUGUCAGAUGGGCCUGAAUUUUGAAGCUGUAAAUCAAUUUAAGGAGUUUAAGGAUAUUGGGAUAUUUCUUGAUGAGGCUUGUCAUAAUGUAGUGGCUGAUGCUCUCUGCAAGGUAGGUAAAGUGGAUGAAGCUGUAGAAUUGCUUGAUGAGAUGAAGGAUAAAAAGAUUUCCCCUGAUGUUAUUAACUAUACCACUUUGAUCAAUGGAUAUUGUCUUCAAGGUAAACUUGAAGAUGCAUUGAACUUGUUUGAGGAGAUGAAGGAGAAUGGUCUCAAGCCUGAUAUUGUUUCUUACAGUGUCCUUGCUGGGGGUUUAGCUAGAAAUGGCCUUGCACAAGAGGCUGUCAAUCUUUUGAAUUAUAUAGAGGCACAAGGUUUGAAACGUAACACUAUCAUACACAACAUGAUCAUUAAAGGCUUAUGUAUAGGUGGUAAGGUGAAGGAAGCUGAAGCUUUCUUAGCUAGCUUGCCGGAAAAGUGUUUCGAAAAUUAUGCUGCCUUACUUGAUGGUUAUUGUGAAGCAAGCCUCACAAAAGAAGCCUUUGAAUUAUUUGUCAAGCUGUCUAAGCAGGGAUUUCUAGUGAGGAAGGCUUCUUGCUCAAAACUCCUUAGUUGUCUUUGCAUGGAUGGUGAUAAUGAUAAAGCUCUUAUGCUACUUAAGAUAAUGUUCUCUUUGAAUGCUGAACCUACCAAAUUAAUGUACAGGAAACUCAUUGGUGCAUUUUGUCAGGCAGGAAAUUUGAGAAAGGCCCAGCUGUUGUUUGAUAUUAUGAUUGAGAAAGGGCUAACACCUGAUCUAGUUAUCUACACAAUAAUGAUAAGUGGCUACUGUAAGGUGAAUUUUUUGGAGGAAGCCUUGGAUCUUUUCAAUAAUAUGAAGGAGAGAGGGAUUAAACCUGAUGUUAUCACUUAUACGGUCUUGCUUAACGGCCAUACAAAAAUAAAUUUGAGGUCUCUUUCUAGUCCUGAUGCAACACACAACAAAAACAAGACAACAAUGGAUGCUUCAACUUUUUGGAGUGAAAUGAAGCGCAUGGGGGUGAAACCUGAUGUUGUUUGUUAUACUGUUUUGAUUGAUCAGUACUGUAGGACAAACAAUCUUCAGGAUGCAAUUAGGAUCUUUGAUGAAAUGAUUGAUACAGGAUUGGAACCUGAUAACGUGACAUAUACGGCUCUUAUAUCUGGUUAUUGUAAAAGAGGACAUGUAGAGAAGGCUGUAACCCUUGUUAACGAAAUGUCAAGUAGGGGCAUACAGCCAGAUACCUGUACCAUGUCAACUUUGCACCGUGGUAUCUUGAAAGCCAAGAUAGUUUUGAGAAGUAAGGACCUCUGUGACUCAAGUGGUUGAUAUAUCUAAAGCAUUUGUCCGCUCAAAUGUUUCAAGGUACAUUGAAUGGUAGAAUAUCACUGAGCCUUCUUCAUUGUAUUCUGUCUUGCAGAGUGGAAAUACUCAUACAAGACUUUUUAUCUUAUCUGUACAUUGAAAGUGUCUUACUAAUAUGUAGCAGGCCAAGGAAAGCUUUCUCAGUACACAAGUAGAACUCUUUUGCUUUGUCAGGACUCGGGCAUUUAAAAUGAUACAGCUGGGGGAUUUGAAACUGCCGAAGGCUUUACUUUAUCCUGAGCUUUCGUAUUCAGGAGCACACUGAUAAUGGAGGAAGAGAGAUGAACUCCUUAAAACUUAAGGUUGAAGAAAUUAAUUUGCUCCAUGGAACAGCAUGCCGCUUCUGAGAAGAUUACGGGGAUUGCUCGAUGCUUCAGCUUCUUUCAGGAACUUCUUAGAUGAUAAAGCUGCUCCACCUUGAUGCUCACAAGUUUUUGAGAAGAGUAGCACGUUCAAUAUCGAGUGAUCUUGGUACUGGUCCAAUCCACAGAGACGUUCUUCAGUUUUGACACAACUGCAGCAUCCUUUAGUGGUUAUUUUUUCUGCUUUGCUGAGCUUAUUACACCAUUCUUUUCUCAACUCUGGGUGAAACAAGUCAAGUGCUAAUCCUUUUUCAUCAGAUGUAGCAGUUCGUUUCCAGAUCAGAGAUCCUCAUU